AUGGACGCCGAUAGCCGCAAAGAGGCCAUCUUGGCGGCUGUGAACGACGAUAGUCGCAGCCAAGCUAUCUUGGUGGUCACCGUUGUGUUCCUCGCCCUUUCACUUGUCAGCGUCGGUCUACGAUGCUUUGUUCGAACGCGAGUUGUGCGGGCGUUUGGCUGGGAUGAUAAGCUGAUGCUUAUUGCGAUGGCCUUUAACCUCGCCUUCGCCAUCUGCGGAAUCCUGGGAUCGAAAUACGGAAUGGGAAGAAAACUGCUGUACUUCGCUGCAGAGCCGCACAACUUCCACAAGGCCCUUCUGUGCUGGUGGCUUGGUCAGGUUUUCUACGUGAUUACCUGCGUCAUAGCCAAGCUGUCCGUCUGCAUCACCCUUCUUCGCAUUACCGUCGAUCGCAUUCACGCUUGGAUCAUCUUCGGCGCCAUGACUUUGUCCGCAGCAAUCGGCCUGAUCUUCUUGUUCUUCACCAUCUUCCAAUGUAAUCCGGUCGACUACUUUUGGAGUCGACUUUCGGAGCAGGGCACCUGUAUCGACAAAAAUCUACUCAUCGGGAUCGCAUACUUGUACAGUGUCGGUGCCGCCCUCACCGAUCUGACCAUCGGCCUUCUGCCGGUGGCGUUGAUUUGGAACUUGCGCAUGAAUCAGCGCACCAAGGCUGCCAUUGUCGGCAUUCUCGGAAUCGGUUGCAUCGCGAGUGCGGCGGUCAUCAUUCGUAUCCCAUUCGUCCCCAACUACAAGGACCGGGAGUUUUUGUAUAAUACCUACCAAAUUUCGAUUUGGUCCAACGUCGAAGCCGGUCUGGGCAUCACAGCCGGCUGUCUCACCACCCUCCGCCCCCUCAUCCGAUUCCUACGCGAUAAUUCCUCCGCCUCCCGCAGUCGCAACCCCGGACCCUUUCCCCUAUCCAGCAAUGCGCCGCCGGGUCUCCACCGUUCCUCGCGAUCGAAACACGAGGACCGAGAAGACGUACACCGGCUCUGGGCCGGCAACGAGCUUGACGACUAUCACGGGGUGACGACCACCAUCAUGGGAAGUCAUCGGCCGAAUCUGACCAGCAGCGAGGAGGAUCUCAACCCGAACGACAAUAAUCGAAGUGCAUGGAAAGUUGAACGGUCCGUUCGUGUGUCUGUGCGUGAUGAAUAA